CCGUUGGGGAACAAUUCUGGCUCAACGUAGCCAUUGGGAAACACAAAGAGGAAAGUCUGUUUUCACUUUUGCGCUUCCUUUCCUUCCGUUUCUCCAACCCAUCCAAAACACGCUCUAUUUCAUUAUUAUUCUCUUUGUCAACAAUAUAUAUCGUACAUCUUUUUUGUUUUUUGUUUUUUUUUUUUUUUUUCGGGGGUUUGAAUUUAAGGGGUGGUGGUGUUUGAUCUAGCUUGCUGGUUUUCUGGGAUGUGAUUCGGUGAUUUGGGAUCAGAGGAUGACUACCCGAAACGCGGAAUCGUCUCAGGGACAUGGCGGUGUUCCUCCUCCUCCUCCGCCGCCUCCGCCUAGUGAUCUGCGUUCUCGUAGUGGCAAUACGGUUUUCAAGAGCGGGCCACUUUUUAUAUCAUCCAAAGGAAUUGGAUGGACAUCCUGGAAGAAAAGGUGGUUUAUUUUAACACGUACUUCUCUGGUUUUCUUCCGAAGUGAUCCGAGUGCUGUUCCCCAAAAGGGGAGUGAAGUGAAUUUGACCCUUGGUGGUAUUGACCUCAACAAUUCAGGCAGCGUGGAGGUCAAAGCAGAUAAAAAACUCCUGACUGUGCUCUUUCCUGAUGGUCGUGAUGGACGAGCUUUCACACUAAAGGCUGAAACUAUGGAGGAUUUAUAUGAGUGGAAGGCUGCCCUUGAGAAUGCUUUGGUACAAGCACCAAGUGCCGCUCAUGUAAUGGGGCAAAAUGGUAUCUUCAGGAACGAUCAGACUGAUUCAGUUGAUAAUUCUUUGGAUCAGUUGAAGGAUAGACAACCUUUCAAAUCUUCAGUUAUUGGAAGGCCAGUUUUAGUUGCCUUGGAAGAUGUUGAUGGAGCUCCAUCUUUCUUGGAAAAAGCCCUCAGGUUUAUAGAAGAGUAUGGCAUCAAAGUAGAAGGGAUCUUGCGUCAAGCCGCCUACGUUGAUGAUGUUGAACAUCGAGUUCGAGAAUAUGAGCAGGGAAAAAUUGAGUUUUCUCCAGAGGAGGAUCCACACGUUGUUGCCGAUUGUGUCAAGUAUGUCCUCCGGGAAUUGCCAUCAUCUCCUGUCCCUGCAUCUUGCUGCAAUGCACUAUUAGAAGCAUGCCGAACUGAACGUGGUGUUAGAGUCAAUGCUCUCCGUACAUCAAUAUUUGAUACGUUCCCAGAACCAAAUCGCCUCUUAUUGCAAAGAGUACUUGUGAUGAUGCAAACUGUAGCUUCUCACAAAGCUGAGAAUCGAAUGAGCUCCUCGGCUGUUGCUGCUUGCAUGGCACCCUUACUUUUGCGUCCCCUUUUAGCUGGUGACUGCGAGAUCGAAAAUGAUUUUGAUGUUGGUGGUGAUGGUUCUGCACAACUUUUGCAAGCAGCUGCUGCAGCUAACCAUGCUCAAGCCAUUGUUAUAACUUUAUUAGAGGAGUAUGAUAAGAUAUUCAAGGAAGGGUCCAUGUCCCUUGAGCUAUACACUGACUCAGAAGAGAGUGGAAGUGAGAGUGAGGAGCCAACUGAUGAAUCCUAUGAAGAUGAUGAACAUGGUGAUGCAACUCAGGAAUCUGAUGCAGAUGCAGAUGAGGAUUUUGAAAAUGCAUCAAGUGGAACCUGCAGCGAGAGUGGUGACUCUAGAGACGAUGAUCCGUGUGAUAAUAAGGAUUCUGAUGGUUCAAACUUGGGUUACCAGUCCCCUGAAGUAGAUGAUGCUUCCAUAGCCAGUCAGAAGUUGCCAUUAAAUUCAUUUGAAACUUCAUUGCCUCAACAUGACAUUCUACAAAUCGGUCGGAGUCUUCCAAAUCAAAGCAAAAAUAGUUCAGUAAUGCAGGUCACUAAAUCUGCUGAACUACUAGGAGAUGCUUCAGAAGAACCAAGUUUGGUUCCUACUAGUCCAAUCUCAUUGAUCAGAAAAUCUAUAAUCAUACCCAAUGGACCUGCACAUAGUGCUAGGUGUCGCACCAUGUUGGGACGUAACUCUGCAAGGAAGAACCUUUCCAUGGAAUCCAUUGAUUAUUCCAUAAAAGAAGAAGUUGAAAUCCAGAGGCUUGAGACAACUAAAACUGAAUUGGAAAGCAGAAUUUCAGAAGAGGGUAAAGGGAAUGCAGUUCUGCAAGCCAGUCUGCAAAGACGAAAGAAGGCCUUGCGUGAGCGUCGUCUAGCUCUUGAGCAAGAUGUUGCAAGACUACAGGAACAGUUGCAAAAGGAAAGAGACUUGAGGACAGCACUUGAAGCAGGAAUGCAGACUUCUCAGGUGCCGGUACUUGUUUUAGCCACUAUAGAUGAAAAGACAAGGGCAGAGCUUGAGGAAAUAGCUCAGGCAGAGGCAUAUGUCAUCAAUUUGAAGAAGAAUGUUGAUGAUCUUGAAACGCAGCUUAAUCAACAAUGUGAACAAAACUAUGGUCCUAUGCAUGCUUCACACAAUCAUACCCAACAAACUCCUUAUAAUCAAGCAAAACUGAAAGAUAAACAAAAGGAUACUGAAGCCACAGCCACUUCACUUCUUGAAACGUCAAGAAGUAAGGGAGGAUAUUCGACGACUUUUGCAUUGUCAAAGCUGACAACCCGACUGAACUUUCUGAAAGAAAGGCGCAGCCAGCUAGCAAAUGAACUCCAAAAUAUGGAUAAAGGCCCAGGAUCAGCUCAACCUGUCCAAAACCCUGACAUGGUUGAAAAAUUGGAUUAUUGCACAUUACCUGUGAACUUUGGGGCGGGGACUAAAGGCCAAUCAUUUGGAAAUCCAGAAAAGUUCAGAAAAUGAGAUCGUCAACCACUGCAAAAAGGCCAAUAUCAUUAGCCUGAAGAGGGGAAGAUCAGAAAGCCAUCUGUCUCAAAGCCAAUAUUUUCUACCUCCAAAGACAAAUUCUAGAUGAUAUCAGGCCUUAUAUGAUCACUUGAGUGAUUGUUUUGUGCAUUUGAUGAUGUUGCUUUAAUCAUCGGCAAUACGGUUCAUAGAGCUUUGAAAGAUGAUGAAACUUGCUAGAUUGAGUUGGCUCAAGGUUUAGUUUGAUUACAAUAUCAAGCUCAAAGGCCCCCCCCCCCCCCCCCCAAGCCUUACAAUGUACAGAUCAUCCAUCUCCUUGUUGUAUUCUAAAGUAUUUGUAAUCUUGAUUUCUGAAUUAUAUAUCAACAGCAUCUGUUGUAUUGUUAAAUACAAUAUUUAAUAAUUAAUCUUAUUGGAGUUG